UCACCGGCAUUUCAGAAGUGAAGAGACGCAACGAUUGCAGUCGGAAAACGCUACGAAGCGAAGGAUGUGUUCGGAGGGGAGUGCGAUCUGCCUUGAGAUUCUCAUCGCGCUCUUGUUGCCUCCUUUGGGGGUUUUCUUCCGCUAUGGCUGCUGCAGUGUGGAAUUCUGCAUCUGCGUGCUCCUGACCAUCUUGGGCUACGUCCCUGGGAUGAUCUACGCCGUAUAUGUGAUUUUGGCCGUCGAUCGCGAGAAGUACCGCAGCGAUUACUAUCAGCCCAUCAAUGCAUAGCUAGAUCUCAGUCCUCUUUCCCUUUUAAACUGAAAUAAAUCUCUCUCUCUCUCUCUCUCUCUCUCUCUCUCUCUCUCUGUGUUUGCUAUUUGGAUAUCUGUUUCGACUUGCUGAUUUAUUUUUUAAUCUGAUACUCGAUUUCGUGCUGCAAAUUGGUCGAGUCGGGUCCCGGGAAGUCCCGGACCCGACCCGAUCCGACCCGUCUAAUAAUAGGUUCUGUAUCUAA